CUUAUAUAAGAACCCUCCACCACCACCAUGCACCCAGACAACAUCCAAAAACUCGGUCCCUCUCCUCCUCAUAACCUCCCUUCAUUUUCGCAUUUUCUUAAAUUUUCCCAAAUACCCCUACCUCGAUAUGGCUGAUCAGGAGCAGCACAGCCGUGGCCUCUUCUCCCACCAAAGGGACGAAGACGAGGACGAGAAACCCUCAUCCUACUCUCAGUCUCAGUCUGGUUACGGUGAUCAAGCCCGUUCUGGUGGUGCUUAUGGCGACUCCACUACUGGUUACUCUUCCGAAGGACGUACCGGUGCCCGCAGCGGUAGCGGCUACGGUGACAGCACUGAUUACUCUGGUGAAGGAUGCCAUACUGGCGGAGGCGGCUACGGAGGAGGCAAAACUGAUGAUUACUCGGAAGAGGGACACGGAGGCCGUGCAGCGUACAGCGAGACCACAGCUUACUCUAGCGAAGGACGUCUUACCGGCGGAGGUGGCUACGGCGGGACCGGCAACACUGAUAGUUACUCGGAAGAAGGACAAGGAGGCCGUGCUACCGAGACCACAGCUUACUCUAGCGAAGGACGUCGUACCAGCGGAGGUGGUUACGGCGGGACCGGCAACGCUGAUAGUUACUCGGAAGAAGGACACGGAGGCCGAGCUACCGAGACCACUGCGUACUCUGGUGAAGGACGUCGUACUAGCGGCGGAGGUGGCUAUGGCGGGGGAAGCACUGAUGAUUACUUGGAGGAAGGACACGGAGGGCGUCGCGGGUACAAAAAAUCUGAUGAUGAUGACUCGGAAGAAGGACACGGAGGGCGUGGCGGAGGAGGGUACAGCAAGAAAAGUGACUAUUGAGGAGCUUAGUGUAGCUGCUGCUACUGGCGCUUAUGCCUUGCAUGAGAAGCACAAGGUAAAGAAAUAAAGUCAAAGAGAAAAGAAAGAGACUCGAGAAAAGAAACGGUUCUUUGCAAUUUAAAGCAAAAUAAUGAUCGCAGUACAAGGGAAAUAAUGAUCAAUUAAAUAUUUCUUAGUUUUGCAUUAUGUUUAAUUUAGUUAUUUUGUAUGGUCACAAUCCAAAGUGUUUAUCUCUCAGAUUGGAUUGAUGCUUGGUGAGUGUUUAAUUAGAUCGGUGUUAUCUAGUUUUGUUAGCACUACAUGUAUAUCGUUGCGAAUAAAAAUAUCGAAUAGUUUACUUGGUAUUAUUUUGAACAGUAUUUAUUUGA